GUAACAUUGGAAAGCUUCAAGUUACAGAACCAGGUCAAUUCUCCCUUCUCUGUUCUGCCUCUGUUCUCUCCAAAAGAAUGAUGGAAACCUAGUAACUGCCUGAGACUCAGGAAUUAGUCAUCCUCUGCCCAAGCCUGUGGCAGUGGUCACACCUCAAGAAACAAUGUUCCGACAUGCAGCUGGCAGGAGCAAUCGCACAAUAUAUAGCUGCAGGGGGAAAAGUCCAGUGACACAGCGCCAUGGCUUCGGACCAAGGUCCUUCAGCUGGCGAUCCCACCUCCAGGAGAAGAAUUGAACCAUGGGAAUUUGAAAUGUUCUUUGACCCCAGAGAUCUCCGUAAAGAGGCCUGUCUGCUCUAUGAAAUCAAGUGGGGCACAAGCCACAAGAUCUGGAGAAACUCAAGCAAAAACACUACAAAGCAUGUUGAACUCAAUUUUAUAGAAAAAUUUACUUCAGAAAGACAUUUUUGCUCAUCCAUCAGCUGCUCCAUCAUCUGGUUCUUGUCCUGGAGUCCCUGUUGGGAAUGCUCCAAGGCUAUUAGAGAAUUUUUGAGUCAACGACCUGGUGUAACUUUAGUUAUUUAUGUAGCACGACUUUAUUGGCACAUGGAUCAACAAAACCGUCAAGGACUCAGGGACCUCAUUAAUUGUGGUGUGACUAUCCAGAUCAUGAGACCCUCAGAGCAUGACCACUGCUGGAGGAAUUUUGUCAACUACCCACCUGGGAAAGAAGCUCACUGGCCGAGAUAUCCCCCUCUGUUGAUGAAGCUAUAUGCACUGGAACUCCACUGCAUAAUUUUAAGUCUCCCUUCCUGUUUAAUAAUUUCAAGAAGAUGUCAGAAACAGCUUACAUUGUUCAGACUUGCUCUUCAAAAUUGCCAUUACCAAGGGAUUCCACCCCAGAUCCUUUUAUCUGCGGGGUUGAUACAACUUCCUGUGACUUGGAGAUGAAGAGAAUGAUUCUUUGUGUAUACUCUUUCAAGAACAAGCAAUGAUGACUCACUAAAGAGUGAGUGCCAUUAGAAUCGAGAAAUUUUCAGUUUGCAUUUCCAUACACAAACAAUAAAUUAUCUAAAAAUUAAAUAAAGGAUACUGUCCCAUUUACAACAGCAUCAAAAACAAUAAAA